UCCAUCAAAAAAUUAAAUGGAAAAAUUCUGCUCGUCAUUUAUUUUGGAUUAUUUGGUGCCUUUGCUUGGCCCCUUCGGCUUCCAUUCAUUUCUUACAUGGCUAGGAUUCAUUGUCUUCAACAAAUGCUUGUGGCCACUUCCAACUUCUUAAACCCAACAUCCCGGCCAUUUCCCACGACGUGCAUCAGUUUCCGGCCACUGACCACCACCACAAGCUUCCAGCCGUACCCUCCCCCUCCUCUCAGAGCAGAAAGCAACCGCCUCAAGUGGGCCAUUCAGCUUAGCCUAGCGGAGCAAAGCCCACCAAAACCCAGGCUUGACACGCAGGCACUUGUGGAGUUUCUGUAUGACGAUCUCCCUCAUCUCUUCGACGAUCAGGGUAUUGAUGAAUCGGCCUACGACGAAGGCGUCAUCUUCAGAGACCCGAUCACAAAGCAUGACAGUUUGAGCGGUUACCUCUUCAACAUUUCCCUUCUCAGGACGCUCUUUAGGCCUCUCUUUCAGUUGCAUUGGGUCAAGCAGACAGGACCAUAUGAGAUAACUACGAGAUGGACUAUGGUUAUGAAAUUCAUACUACUUCCCUGGAAACCGGAGUUGGUGUUUACCGGAACCUCUGUGAUGGGCAUCAACCCUGAAAAUGGCAAGUUCUGUAGCCAUGUGGACUACUGGGACUCAAUAGAGAAAAAUGACUAUUUCUCUUUGGAAGGUUUAUUGGAUGUAGUCAAACAAUUGAGGAUUUACAAGACUCCUGACUUGGAAACACCAAGAUAUCAAAUAUUGAAAAGGACAGCAAAUUAUGAGGUUAGACAGUAUAAUCCAUUUAUAAUAGUAGAAACAACGGGAGACAAGCUUUCUGGAUCUAAAGGCUUUAAUGAUGUGGCUGGGUACAUAUUUGGAAAGAACUCGACAACGGAGAAGAUACCGAUGACAACUCCGGUCUUCACUCAAGCCAUAGAUGACGAAUUGUCCAAAGUGUCAAUCCAAAUAGUUCUUCCUGUAGAUACAGAAACAGCGAGUUUACCAGAUCCUAAUCAAGAAACAGUCAGCUUGAGAAAGAUAGAAGGUGGCAUUGCUGCAGUACUAAAAUUUAGUGGAAAACCUACAGAGGAUAUUGUUCGCGAAAAGGAGAGAACUCUGCGCUCCAAUAUCAUUAGAGAUGGCCUUAAACCUCAGAUGGGUUGUUUGCUUGCAAGGUACAACGAUCCAGGUCGAACAUGGAGCUUUAUAAUGAGGAAUGAAGUGGUCAUAUGGCUAGAUGAUUUCUCAAUGGAUUAGCAUCAAAGCUUGAUUCAUGACUUAUUUUGAUGAUCACUCUGCAAAGCAAGUUUUACCAUCUUAAAGUCAUUCUCCAAUGCGUUGGCUGAGUUCAUGAAAGUUAUUACUAGAGAUGCACUUCUGGUCCGUAUUGGGAAGAAUGUUUGCAACAAAAGUGUAUGUAUAUUCUACAGAGUAAUUAAAAAUGUUAAACAGGGGUGAAUAUGACAGAUGCUCAUCAGGGACUCAGGGUGUAAAAGUAUCGUUAGUGUAGUUGUGUAAUUGUUUUGUUUGGAGGCCAUCAUGAAUAGUAUUAUAGUUGGCACAAAAAAUUGAUAGACACUUGUUUAAAGGCUAGCAGAAAGCAUAAAAGGCAUUUAUGGCUAGAGUAAACAUCCAAUGUGGUCCUUGAUGAUUAGUUCCAAGGAAUAAGCACCUCUUGAC